ACUUAAAUCUACACGCCACCGCUGGCUGUUUUUUUUUACUUUCAUUUUAUAACGAGGCUACCAAAACAAUGGAAACAACUCAAAAGCUCCCAAAGUUUUUUGCCACAUGGAGUAAUUCCUCGAACAUUUUAAACUGUAUUAUUGAAAGUAAAUGGAUACAAAGUUCCAUGGAUGUUGUUAUGGAAACAGACCAUAUAAUUGUUAGUGAUGGUGAGAGUGUGUGCAAGAUAGAACUACCAGGUGUAACUUUACUACCUGACACAUGUAGGGGUUUGAAACUAGUCAGUGCCACAGAGCUACACUUCAGCAUUAAAGGUCAGUUAUUACAAGGAGACGAAUUGUUACAGAUGAAAGUAAAGAAAUGUUCCUUACAAAAUGAGACGGUUGAAACCAUCCAGAAACUACAGAAUAAAUGGUUCUGUGCUGUUUGUAAACAGAAAUUACUUACGGAUAGAAGUAUAUUAAGACGAGUUUUACCAUUGCCGUCAGAAAACUGGUCCGACUUGGCGGACAUGUGGUUUUGUCAUAACCAUGGUAACGAGGACCAGCCAGCCCAGAAACAAGGGAGAUUACUACCAAAAGAAAAUGAAUGUUUUGUUGGAGAGACAUUUGUCCUUGUUGCUAGGAAACAUGUAAAUAGUGCCGAUGUCAAGAUCACAAAAACUGGGGCUGUUAUAUGUAAACGUUGUGGUAGACAGCUUGGAGAAGUAAUGGAGAGUCACAAUGGUACAUCAUUUCAAGAUGGUGUCAUCAAAUUUUUCCUUCAUACAUUACUGAUGAAAGAUCUUCGUUUUGCUGACCUGAUAAAACAAGACUCAAGUAUAAGCAACAGAGUGGAUUUGGACCGAUUUUUCAGCGGAUUACUGCAGGAGCAGAGUGAAAUGUACGCGAGCUUCCGGUUUAUAAUUGAAUCAAGAAGUGACACGGUAACGGAGAAUUCAGAGUCCGGUGUUUCAACAUGUUUGCUGUGGAUGUUAGAUUCCAAUGUGCAGAUGUACAGGUCAAGGUCGGGGUCAAUGUUAAAGUUUGAUGGAAAUUUACAAGUCGCGAAGACUAGUGUUAUUAAAGUAUUGUUUAAAUGUCAGCUCUGUGGGUCCAAUGCUAAAAGACCACCAGAUCAUGUGACUAAAUCAUUGAUAUCAUUAUGGAGAAAGGACAACACUGUUCAUUGUUUCCAGCUACCACAUCCUGUCUUCUUACAGUUGAUACAUCUUCUAGUGCAGAAUUGUAAAACACUUCCCUGUUCACAGAGGUACCUGAACGGUUUUCAUAUGAGUUUCAUAGGGAACAGUGAAUCAAGCAGCUGACAUUUGACAUUUUAACAGAAUGGUAUAGCUUUAUAUAUGAUAUACAAAUAUUCGUUGAAUGUAGAAAUCUCAACAAACAUUUUGUGUUCAUUACAGGUGCAAUAUUUAUCGCGUUUGGAUAUGAUUUUAUCUAUUAACUUUAAAUGUUUUUGAAAGUGUGUCAUGUUUUACAUCAAUAAAGACAUGUUAUCUUA